UGUUGUUUCUCACACAACUUCGCGUUUACAGACUUUUAGAUACAUUUUUAAUUUCUUGAAAUGAGCAUUCCGGUAGUGGACUUCGGUGCAUACAGCCUGAAUGAGAGAGAUGUUUCCGACCAGCUGCUGCACAACUUGAGCAAAGAGCUGAAAACGGCUUUUACAGAAGUUGGUUUUGUAUUUCUGAAGAACACGGGGAUUACUCAGGAGGAGGUGGACCAUGUUAUGGAUGUGUCCAAGAAAUUCUUCCUGCAGCCAGAUGAAGUGAAGCAGCCCUUCAGCAGGAAAAGCUUCGCCAACAACCCUAACCAUGGCUGGGUGUCUCUGGAGACUGAGAGUUUGAAUCCACGUCGACCUGGAGACUUAAAGGAGGCAUUCAAUGCUGCUUCACUUCACCCUGACAUAAAAUGGCCAUCGUCAGAGGCUGUAAAGGGGUUCCAGGAGAUCCAGACCUCUUUCUUCCUGCGCUGUAAAGAGCUGAGCCUGCGGGUGCUGAGGGUGAUGGCCCACAGUCUGGGUCUGGACCCGGAGGUGUUCCUGAGUGCGCACCGUUUAAUAGGAACUGACGAGAACGGCACAACGCUGCGAUCUCUGUACUACCCACCCGUGGACAGUGAGAAAGCAAAGGAGGGUCAGCUGCGAUGUGGAGAGCAUUCAGACUAUGGCAGCAUCACCCUGUUGUUCCAGAGCUCUGAAGGUCUGCAGGUCCGUAGACGUUCAGGUGAAUUCAUCUGUGCUCCCAGUGUCCCCGGAGCCGUCCUCAUCAACAUCGCGGACCUGAUGCAGCGCUGGACCAGCGACCAGUUUGUCUCUGUGCUCCACAGGGUUUUGCUGCCCCCUGCUGGAGACUCCAGCACACGUCAGUCUCUGGCUUUCUUUGUCCAGCCCGAUGAUGAGGCUCUGAUCACCUGCUGUGACGGCUCCAACAAGUACCCUCCAGUCACAGCUGGUGAAUACCUCAUAGAGCGCUUCAAUGACUCGUACGGACGAAGCUGAAUUUCUGUCCAUGAAUUGUGUCACACGUGGCUGCUGAUCAUGUACAUGCAUGUUGUUAACAAAGGACCUAGGGACAUUUUUUUAAAUCAGUGUUAAUCUUGUCAAAAAGAUGACUAUUUCACUUUGGAUACCAUAAUGUUUUUACAUUUCUAAUUGUGGUUUGAAUAUGAUUGUGUGUUUGUGUGUGCAAAUGUGUAUGACAAAAAGGAGCACAACUCAAAACUGCAAGCUC